UAAAGCCAAUCCCUUCUGCGUAUCUGGAUUUGUUUGAAUAAAACUAGGCUCUAAGGGGGAAAUCAUGUUGUAUUCUCUCGAUACAACUAUGCCUAAGAGACCUAAUCUGCUCUUUGUUAUGUGUAUCUUCAUCAUGAUCAUCGCUGUCGAGAAAUCUGCAGUUUCUCAAAGUUUUACAAUAGACUGCAGCCUUCAUUUUGAGCCUUCGGAUUCAGAUAAUACAGUUUGUGAAGGGGGAGAUUGGGGUGGAUUUCUGCAGAAAAACUGCUGUGGUUCAUCAUUCCAGAGAUACCUCAAUGCAUUGGGGCUGCGCGCGAAUCAAACCGGACAGAUAUUCUUGAAUUCCAGUGAGCAGAAUAGUUGUCUGACUUCAAUGAAGGCAUUUGAAGCAGAUGUUUUCAGUUGUGGGAUUGAGAAGCUAACAAGUGGUGCUGGUGGCUGUUCUGACUAUUCUGUUGGUGAUGUUAUUCACCAUCUGGGAAAUGAACUGAAAAGUUUCAGUGAACAUUGUAACUUUCCAAGUUAUGGUGAAGAGUGGAAUCAAACAUGUAGCUCCUGUGUGAGAAGUUGGGGAGCGAUAAGAGGAGUACAUUCGACAUCCUCAGAUCCCGUGUUGUUGGAGAAUGAAGCUGAUACCUGCAGGUUUGCAGUGAUGUUAUCAUUAACAAGUAGUAGAAUUGAAGAUAAGAAUCAUGUCCAAAAUCUUUACAAAUGCCUUGCUGAGCAAGAUAGCUUCUCCCAGAAUCAAGCAUCAGAGAGUAAAAGGAAGAAGAAACUUGACACAGGUAUUUGGAUUGUGAUCGGAGGGAUCUUUGCCGCCAUAAUUGUUACCGCCGCAUUCAUUUUCUUCAAAAGAUUCUACAAAUCAAAGCCAACAUCCAAAAGACCUGCCUCAUUCAAGGACGUUCAACUGAAGGAUCCUGGUUGUCCAAAAUUUCCAAUCAAGGAGGUGUAUUCUGCUACACAGAAUCUAAAUGACAUAAAUCUCAUUGGUGAAGGAACUGCUGGAAAGGUUUAUAAAGGCGUGUUGUUAACUAACCGGCAUGUUGCUAUUAAGCAUAUUAUCAAUGAUGGAAAUGUGGAGACUUUUGUCAGAGAAGUUGCAAGCUUAUCUCAUGUUAGACACCCGAAUCUUGUCGCUUUGCUUGGCUAUUGCUUAACUGUAGAUGAGGGUUUUCUCAUUUAUGAACUAUGUCCCAAUGGCAGUCUCUCCAAAUGGCUUUUUGGGAAGGAUAAGAUACUAUCCUGGAUCCAAAGGCUUGAGAUUGCGAUUGAUAGUGCUCGAGGUCUUUGGUUUCUCCACACUUAUUCAGAAGGCUGCAUUGUUCAUCGCGAUAUCAAGCCAACAAACAUUCUCCUUGGUCCAAAUUUUGAAGCCAAGCUUUCAGACUUUGGCUUGUCUAAGGUCAUUGACCUGGGAAAAUCCCAAGUGAGCUCUGAAGUAAGAGGAACUUUUGGUUAUGUUGAUCCUGAGUACCAAAGCAACUGCCAAGUGAAUUCAUCAGGCGAUGUUUACAGAUUUGGAAUAGUACUUUUGCAGAUUCUCUCAGGGAAGAAAGUCAUUAAUAUGAACUUGAAGAGACCAAUGCCUUUAAAUAAAGUGGCAAAAGUCCUGACAAGAGGUGGCAGUAUAAUAGAAUUUGCUGAUCCUAAACUUAAUGGGGAGUACUCAGCAGAAGCUUUCGAUGUCACGCUUCGAUUGGCUCUGUCAUGCACAGCUCUUAAACAACAACGACCAUCCAUGGAGCAAGUUGUUUUAACAUUAGAGAAGGCCCUGGACAUAACAACAACAGCUAAAGUUUCUACUCCUGAAACUUCAACUGACCAAUUUUACACUCCGUGAGAGACAAGUUUUAAAGUCUCAGAUUUAGUGCCUUAUUCAUUGUAGUAAUAAUUCUCAUAACAGAAUGCAAAA